AUGCGGCGUAUCGCCAGCCUCCUUCGUGGGAAAAGCCCAGAGCUGGUGAACGUCAUGCAGAACCAAUUCACUGCCCUGGCAGAACGUAUCAAUGCAGGUGAGAAAAUCACCGUGAAAUUCAUCCAGGUCACCAUGCUCCAGCGGCAGUGCGAGACUGACCGGCGGCGUUUGGCACAGUUGGAGAAGAAAUUCGAGGUUUGGCGGACACGACGAGUUCAGGGGAUUGUGAUUGUUGAGCUUUGUCCUUCAGGGCCCAUCAUGACCCAAAGCUGGACAAUGAGUAAGCAGACCAAGGCGAAGGUUGAUGCCGAGAAGCCUGAUGGACGCGUGCUGCUGGCGGAUUUGCACACCGCUGUGCGUUUGCCCCCGUGUCGAAGCGUGGUUCCAAUGAACAAAAACUUUGGAAGGGAACGCUGGGCGGAGGUGCAGGGAAGCGUCAGUGGAUUGCUUGAGGAGACGCAGGCGUUGGCUCGACGCCUGGAUGGCCUGGACGAACGCUUGUGGGCGCGCACCAGUGGGUCGGAGGCUUCGAAACAGCGAAAUCGCGAGCUCGAGCAGCAGGUCCAGGCACUGGAACAGCAGAAUCGCCUGGCUGCCGCGGCUGCAGAGGAUGACAACACAGCAACCAAGUUGCGACGCACCGAACACUCCUUGGAGGAGGCCUAUGACGUCUUGCGACGUGUGUCGACACUUGAAGAUGAGGUGGGCAUGGCCGGGGCGGUGAUCAUUGAAAGCUCUGCCGACUGUGUUCGACAGCGAAGUGCACCCCACAGAGAUGGCUAUUUGGAGGAAGCCUUGGACGCAGAACUUCGGGCGCUGCAGGCAAAUCUUGAGGAUGGAUUGCAGCAGCUCCGAGAUGAAUUCACCAAUGGUGGCCAGGAGGGCACUGACCUGCACAGCAACGAUGUCUUUGAGGUGGUGCGCAAGGCCGACGUGGGGCUCUCUGCCUUGGAGCGGAAGGUCACCGGCCAGGUCGAGGAGCCGACGUAUCGUCCACUGUGGCGAGCCUUCGAGUCAAAGUGGACGGAGUACUCAGCCGGGUUCGGAGCCCUGGACGGUUUUGUCGCGGAGAUAGUUGAAUUCAAUAUCCAGUUGCAGGCUCGGAAUCAGGAGCGUCGGGAGUUUGAGGCUGAGGUCCAGGCCCUGAAGCACCGACUUCAACAGGUGCAAGAUUCUAACGACGAAAGUUGUUCGGAGCUUCGUGAGGUGCGUGGCGGAGCUUCUGGCUGGGGCCAAGGAAGAACUGGGACCCAGAAGUAUCAAGAUUUCGUCUUCACGGCUCGCCAGACGCUACGUCAAGCACGUGCCGAGACGGCGGCCUUGAGUUGCAGACCUGAUAUCCAGGAGGACAACUCUUGGAUGCGCUCCACGGAAGAAAGGUUGGCCAACUAUGAGCAGGCGAGGCACCCCCAAUUCGUUCAGACUCGACGCAAAGAGGACCUCUUUGACCUACGCGAAAGACUGGAAGAGCUGACGCAGGGCGACUUGGACGGCAAGACGGUCACUAUCAAACCCAACGAGGACGUGGAGGACAUGAGACGUCGUCUUGAUUGGCUGGAGGAGCAGGGGACAUCAGCUACGGAUAAGCCCGAACUUGGACGCUUGGCACAGGUCCAAAACACCAUCUGUGACCUCGUUGAGCAAGUGUCAAAGUUGAAACAACAGGCCAGCAGUGCGGAAGCGAACAGCUCCUCCUGGCAGCAACAGGUGAAGCAGAUCCACGGUCUCAUUGAGCGCAAGCAGAAUGAGGAUGCUGCAUCCUUGCGCGUGACUAGCGAGGUGGAGGCCAAGGUAGGGGCACUGUCGUCCCAAGUGGCGGAUCUUGCGGCGCGACUUCUCGAGGUGGAAGGCAACCUCGAUUUUGUCAGGGAAAAUGAACCGUCAUCCUUGACGGAGGCACCGCGCAUGACACUGUCGACACCUUUGCCCAGUGAGGGAGCGCCUCAACCCAGCGCAUUGCAGGAGAAACUCGAAGCGAUCGCGGCCCACCUGGAGAUUGUGGACGACCUCACGGACCGCGUGGGCGACUUGGAACGGCGCUGGAGCCUUAGCGCAGGCCAAGAGGUGCAUGGAAUGGGCAGCCCUCCUGGACCCCUCUCGGAGGUGAGUUUCGGUGGAGAAGCACCAAUGAAGGCGGCCUCGGCACAUGCUGAAACCGUGGGCCGCGAGCUGGGUGACUUGCAAUUGCGUUUGGAUGCCAACGAUGGAAAGCUGAAAUCCUUACAGGAGGAAGUUCGCACCAAGUUGGCUCUGGCGAAGGCUGAAGGGCAGGGUGCGCAGACGCAGUUGAAUGACUUUGCAGCCCGCCUCGGAAGCUUCGAACAGAUCUUGUCCACCAUGCAGGAGGCACCUGCCGCUUCCUUCGCGGAUAUCGAUGCCUUGCGCUUGGAAUUCGCCGACAAGUUCGACAAAGGUCCAGGAAUCGAUGAGACGUCCGAGGUCCAAACCCUGACCUCAAAGAUGGCUGAGGAAAUGAAGGAGGUGAAGGAAGAGGUGCAAGAGCUCUCCGAGAAGGUGGAUCUCACCUUGGAUGAUCUGAAAGAAGGCCUUGUGGCCACCAAAAACACCGUGGAGGCAGCCAUGGCGCCCAUCAAGCAGGAACUCAAGGAUUUGCGCCUGCGCCUGCCCGACGCUGACGCCGAAGCGAGUGCGGAGCAGGCGAUCCUGGAGAAGUUGGAGGAGGUGGACACAAAGAUCAAGGGCUUCCAGACAGAACUGCAGGCAUCAAAACCGGCUCCCAACGACGACCUUGCUGAGCUCCAAAGUGCCAUCAAAAGGCUGCAGGACGCUGCCCCCGAGGCAGCAAUGGCAACCAUCAAGCAGGAGAUCAAAGAUUUGCGCCUGCGCCUGCCCGAUGCCGACGCCGAAGCGAGUGCGGAGCAGGCGAUCCUGGAGAAGUUGGAGGAGGUGGACACGAAGAUCAAGGGCUUCCAGAAAGAACUGCAGGCAUCCAAGGGCGCUGCUCCCGACGUAGUUGCGUCAGAGAAGAUGAAGGAAAUAGAGGAGUCCAUCGCCAACCUCGAGACGAAGUUGACGGCGCCCAAAAACAGCAAGGCCGACGCUGAAAAGGCUGAGGAUCACUUUCAGGACCUUCGGCAGACGCUCGAGGAUCUUCGAAAGUCUUCAGAGGUCGAAGUGCUCGAGUGCAAAGAGCAGCUCAAGCUUUUAGAACAGAAAAUCGUAGAAGGAGGCCCAGCCGAUGCGGAGGAUCUCAAGGUCCGAUCGCAGGUGCAACAGCAGGUGCAAGACCUGGGUCUUCAACUUUCGAAGGAAGUUGCCAAUCUCGCAGAACAGCAACGAGACAUCAUCGAGACAAGGACGAGCCUGGAGGAUUUGACCAAGCAGUUUGAUGACAAUUUGCUCAAGGAGACAAACAAGCUGCGAAAUGAGCUUGGUGGUCUGGUGAGCUCCACUGCAUCAGCGGCGUCCAAUACCAAGGAGGAGCUGCAAAGCAUGCGGCAGGAUGUGACCAAACUGGUGGAACGCAUCACUUCGACGGAGUCAGUCUCUUCCGAAAUAAAGAAGGAUUUGGAGGACCUUUUAGGUCCUCGGAAUAAGAUCGGUAUCAGCACUGCUGGCGCUGGCCCAGAGUCUCCCUUGGACGAGGUGCGAGGUCGUCUGGACAUCCUCUCCGAACAGGUAGCGGAGCUCCAGAGCAAGCAAGAGAGCGGCUUUGGCCAGCCCACUGUGACGGUGGUGAACUCUGGCCAUGGGCGUCAUGAUACAGCCAGUGCAGAUGGAAGCCUGAACUUUUCUCUCACGGAGCAGACAGAGCGACCAGGAGCUCCGGAUGGUAGCCUGAAUUUCUCCCUCACGGAGACGAUCGCGAAGGAACUCCCUAGCGCCCUUGAGCGCCGAGCGCCGAAGCUCUACAUCAAUGCAGAGGCUGACUCGGACGCGGAUGCUGACAUCCUGUCAGCCAGUGAUUCUCCAGCCAGCGCGGCUGGGAAAAUAGCACAAGCAGGCUUCAGCAGCCAGAAGGAGGCGGAGGAUGAUGUGCCAUCACCCUCGGCGGACUCUCCGAACUCUAAGAAGAAGGAUGCCAGCUCCAGUCAAGUGAGCGCCUCUUUCAAUGAGAUGAGUGUCAUGGCGGACUACUCGGUGGAACUCUCCACGGAGCUGGACGAGAAGUGCGACUUCGUAGAGGCUGUGCGGCCUGUGCGCCGCGGCAUGGCGGUGUCCAGCCCCAUCCAGGAAGGAGAGGAGGAGGCAGAUCCCAAGGAGGAGCCAUCCCAGGUGGAGGCCAAGGUACCAGGAGUCCCCGGCACAGAUGCCCUGGACACCCUGCUGAAGCCCAAGGAGCGCCUGGCUCCGCUGGGCGCGCCGCUCGCGCCGCUGGGCGCGCCGCUGGCGCCCCUGGCACCGCUGGGAGGGGAUGCCUUGGACAGUUUGAUGGGGCCCAAGGCCACCUUGCUACCCAGGAAGUUGGAUGCCUUGGAUCCAAGCGUGGCCAAGACUGAAGUGAAAGUGGAGGAGAAGGAGAAGGAGCCAAAAGAGGAGCAAAAGGAGCAAAAACUGGAGCAAAAGGAGAAGGAAGAGGAGAAGGAUGACGAGGACUACGACGACAAUUCCUUUGAUGACAAUAUGUCUGUACCAGAGUCGAUUCAAGAAGAGUCUGAUUUGGGAAGUGACACAAGACGCACUGAAGAUUCCGUGUGAAAAUUAGUGAUCAGAAUCCCGACUGAGAAAAUCCUGGUCGGACAGAUCCACAGUUGCAGAGAAUUCAAUGUGCUUCGUACCGUAAAUCAGAGCAACCAUGGCAUGUGAAUUCUGCUGGCCCAGUCAGCCCUUCGCGCAG